AUGUGUACGGGUCCAUUUAGAAAAAUAUUCCAUUGGGGACCACUUACUGCCUUGGCAAUCAUCAAAAUAAUCACCACUAUGACAAUUUACUGCAGUAGACAAUGGUGGUCCCCGAAAGAAGGUUUUUUAGCAGCCGCUAAUUUUUUAUUAUUUUUUAGUUUAAGUGGAUCUACUAUUUAUCAUUUUAUGAGUGCCAUAUAUGAAGGUCCAGGAUAUUUACCAUUAGGAUGGAGGCCUCACCGAGGUCUCAUCACUGCAGGAAAUGUAAUGCAUUAUUCAAAUACAAAUUCAAAUAGCAUUACCGUACAUAUUUAUGAGCUGUCGCAUGAUGAAUUGUACCAAAAACUCACAUAUCCUAUCGACAUAACUAACUCUAAUCUUUUAGGUGGCCGAUGUAUAUUAAAAAUGGAUCACCAUUGUCCGUGGAUAAACAAUUGCGUUGGUCAUUACAAUCACGGAUACUUUACAGCUUUUUUAGCAAGCGCCGUAGGUGGUUGUUGCGUCUCAACAUUCAUUUUAGUAUCAUGGUUGUUAACAGUAAUUACCCGUAGAAAUUACACUUUCCCAUCGCCGUCUGUAUUCACACUGAUACUAGUAGUCUUCACAAUUGGGCUGUCCAUCGGCGUUGUCUUCGCUGUGGGUAUGCUGCUUUACAUACAAUUGUCAGCAAUAUUACGCAAUACAACGGGAAUUGAAGAUUGGAUUCUCGAGAAAGCCAAAUACAGAAGAUUUGGCACGGAUGACGUAUUUAUUCAUCCGUAUUCUAAGGGACGGUUGUUCAACAUCAAGCAGGUACUCAAGUGGCACUGUACGCCUGAAGGCGAUGGCAUUGUUUGGCCAGUCCGCGAGGGAUGUGAUCAAUACACUCUUACUGUAGAACAAGGAUAUCAAAAACUAGAAAAGCGAAAACGAGCACGAAGAUAUCGUGUUGUAAGUAAUGUAUCUGGCUCGUGGGUACCUGUCACUUAUGGAUGGUGUGUUGUAUGUCAUCCACCUUGUACAGAUGAACCUAGAAUAAAACUUAGCGUUGGUGAUACAGUUAUUGUGACACGUUGGCGGAAAUACUGGCUGUUUGGAGAAAAACAAGAUACGAUUGGAGACCCCAAGAAGAGAAUAAGAGGAUGGUUUCCACAUUCGAGUGCCAUCGAGGUCGUGGAGAAUGGUAGAAAUAUACCGACAGAUUUGAAGGACGACUAA